CGCGUUCAGGGGCCUCUUUGAUCCCGCAGCGAGGAGGCCAAAACUCUUGUCCGAAUGGCCCUCUCUGUACAGGAGGGCCUGGAAUAACCCCAGACAGGGCUCUGCGUGUGUAUGUGUUUUUAGGGGGGCGCGCCCCUCCUAAAUCUCACCCACCCUUAUCUCAAAAAUUGGUGGUCUGGGGGCCUCCAGAUUGUCUUGCCCUUCACCUUUCUCGGGUCUCCGCUGACCCCGGGCGCGUCCUCCCAGGGCCUAGGCUUUGCCCGUGUCACCUACAUUGGGCCUUGAGCACAUGCAGUGUGUACGAGCCAGCGCUCGGCGUGGAGGGGGACCGGGCACAAGGGGCCGGCCCUCUCCCUUCAAGUCCGGUGCCACAGCCCUUCCAGCGGGGGCGGAGGAGAGAGGAAUCCCCGGUCUCGUCCCUGGCCGCCUCGGGGCCGGCCGUCGCACCUGUCCUCACGGUUCCCCUACCUAAAGGCCGCAAGUUCAUCAUCGCCAACGCUCGGGUGGAGAACUGCGCUGUCAUCUACUGCAACGACGGCUUCUGCGAGCUGUGCGGCUACUCGCGGGCCGAGGUGAUGCAGCGACCGUGCACCUGCGACUUCCUGCAUGGGCCGCGCACGCAGCGCCGCGCCGCCGCGCAGAUCGCGCAGGCCCUGCUGGGCGCGGAGGAGCGCAAAGUGGAGAUUGCCUUCUACCGGAAAGAUGGGAGCUGCUUCCUGUGCCUGGUGGACGUGGUGCCCGUGAAGAAUGAAGAUGGGGCUGUCAUCAUGUUCAUCCUCAACUUUGAGGUGGUGAUGGAGAAGGACAUGGUGGGGUCCCCCGCCCGUGACACCAACCACCGCGCCCCUCCCACCAGCUGGCUGGCCCCAGGCCGCGCCAAGACCUUCCGCUUGAAGCUGCCUGCGCUGCUGGCCUUGACCGCCCGGGAGACGCCGGUGCGGCCGGGUGGCGCGGGCAGUGCAGGCGCCCCGGGGGCCGUGGUGGUGGACGUGGACCUGACGCCCGCGGCGCCUAGCAGUGAGUCGCUGGCCCUGGACGAGGUGACAGCCAUGGACAACCACGUGGCCGGGAUCGGGCCGGCGGAGGAGCGGCGCGCGCUCGUGGGCUCCGGCUCACCGCCCGCCUGCGCUCCCGGGCCGCACCCGUCGCCCCGGGCGCACAGCCUCAACCCCGACGGCUCCGGCUCCAGCUGCAGCCUGGCUCGGACGCGCUCCCGAGAGAGCUGCGCCAGCGUGCGCCGCGCCUCGUCGGCGGAUGACAUCGAGGCCAUGCGCGCUGGGGCGCUGCCCCCUCCACCGCGCCACGCCAGCACCGGGGCCAUGCACCCCCUGCGCAGUGGCCUGCUUAACUCCACAUCAGAUUCGGAUCUCGUGCGCUACCGCACCAUUAGCAAGAUUCCCCAAAUCACCCUCAACUUUGUGGACCUCAAGGGCGACCCCUUCCUGGCUUCGCCCACCAGUGACCGGGAGAUCAUAGCCCCCAAGAUAAAGGAGCGGACCCAUAACGUCACUGAGAAGGUCACCCAGGUCCUGUCCCUGGGGGCCGACGUGCUGCCGGAGUACAAGCUGCAGGCGCCACGCAUCCACCGCUGGACCAUCCUGCACUACAGCCCCUUCAAGGCCGUGUGGGACUGGCUCAUCCUGCUGCUGGUCAUCUACACGGCCGUCUUCACGCCCUACUCGGCCGCCUUCCUGCUGAAGGAGACGGAGGAGGGCUCCCAGGCGCCCGACUGCGGCUACGCCUGCCAGCCGCUGGCCGUGGUGGACCUCAUCGUGGACAUCAUGUUCAUCGUGGACAUCCUCAUCAACUUCCGCACCACCUACGUCAACGCCAACGAGGAGGUGGUCAGCCACCCCGGCCGCAUCGCCGUCCACUACUUCAAGGGCUGGUUCCUCAUCGACAUGGUGGCCGCCAUCCCCUUCGACCUGCUCAUCUUCGGCUCUGGCUCUGAGGAGCUGAUCGGGCUGCUGAAGACGGCACGGCUGCUCCGGCUGGUGCGCGUGGCGAGGAAGCUGGACCGCUACUCGGAGUACGGGGCGGCCGUGCUCUUCCUGCUCAUGUGCACCUUCGCGCUCAUCGCGCACUGGCUGGCCUGCAUCUGGUACGCCAUCGGCAACAUGGAGCAGCCGAACAUGGACUCCCACAUCGGCUGGCUGCACAACCUCGGCGACCAGAUCGGCAAGCCCUACAACAGCAGCGGCCUGGGCGGCCCCUCCAUCAAGGACAAGUACGUCACCGCCCUGUACUUCACCUUCAGCAGCCUCACCAGCGUGGGCUUUGGCAAUGUCUCGCCCAACACCAACUCCGAGAAGAUCUUCUCCAUCUGUGUCAUGCUCAUCGGCUCCCUCAUGUACGCCAGCAUCUUCGGCAACGUGUCGGCCAUCAUCCAGCGGCUGUACUCGGGCACUGCCCGCUACCACACGCAGAUGCUCCGGGUGCGGGAGUUCAUCCGCUUCCACCAGAUCCCCAACCCGCUGCGCCAGCGCCUCGAGGAGUAUUUCCAGCACGCCUGGUCCUACACCAACGGCAUCGACAUGAAUGCAGUGCUGAAGGGCUUCCCGGAGUGCCUGCAGGCUGACAUCUGCCUGCACCUGAACCGCUCGCUGCUGCAGCACUGUAAGCCCUUCCGCGGGGCCACCAAGGGCUGCCUGCGGGCCCUGGCCAUGAAGUUCAAGACGACGCACGCGCCACCGGGGGACACGCUGGUGCACGCCGGGGACCUGCUCACCGCCCUCUACUUCAUCUCCCGGGGCUCCAUCGAGAUCCUGCGGGGCGACGUCGUCGUGGCCAUCCUGGGGGCUGAGCCCCCCUCUCGGUGGCCUCCAGGGAAGAACGACAUCUUUGGAGAGCCUCUGAACCUGUACGCGCGGCCCGGGAAGUCCAACGGGGAUGUGCGGGCCCUCACCUACUGCGACCUCCACAAGAUCCACCGGGACGACCUGCUGGAGGUGCUGGACAUGUACCCAGAGUUCUCCGACCACUUCUGGUCCAGCCUGGAGAUCACCUUCAACCUGCGAGAUACCAACAUGAUCCCCGGCUCUCCCGGCAGCACGGAGCUGGAGGGCGGCUUCAACAGGCAACGCAAGCGCAAGCUGUCCUUCCGCAGGCGCACGGACAAGGACCCGGAACAGCCAGGGGAGGUGUCAGCCUUGGGGCCGAGCCGGGCGGGGGCAGGGCCGAGUGGCCGGGGCCAGCAGGGGGGACCGUGGGGGGAGAGCCUGUCCAGCGGCCCCUCCAGCCCCGAGAGCAGUGAGGAUGAGGGCCCAGGCCGCAGCUCCAGCCCCCUCCGCCUGGUGCCCUUCUCCAGCCCCAGGCCCCCCGGAGAGCUGCCGGGUGGGGACCCCCUGACCGAGGACGUGGAGAAGAGCAGCGACACUUGUAACCCACUGUCAGGCGCCUUCUCAGGAGUGUCCAACAUCUUCAGCUUUUGGGGGGACAGCCGGGGCCGCCAGUACCAGGAGCUGCCUCGCUGCCCUGCCCCUGCCCCCGCCCCCAGCCUCCUCAACAUCCCUCUUUCCAGCCCCGGCCGGCGGCCCCGGGGCGACGUGGAGAGCAGGCUGGAUGCCCUCCAGAGGCAGCUCAACAGGCUGGAGACCCGGCUGAGUGCAGACAUGGCCACCGUCCUGCAGCUGCUGCAGAGGCAGAUGACACUGGUUCCCCCUGCCUACAGUGCUGUGACCACCCCGGGGCCUGGCCCCGCCUCCACGUCCCCUCUGCUGCCCGUCAGCCCCAUCCCCACCCUCACCCUGGACUCGCUUUCUCAGGUUUCCCAGUUCAUGGCGUGCGAGGAGCUACCCCAAGAUGGCCCCGCUCGACGCCUCUCCCUGCCGGGCCAGCUGGGGGCCCUCACCUCCCAGCCCCUGCACAGACACGGCUCAGACCCGGGAAGUUAGUGGGGCUGCUCAGUGUGGACACGUGGCUCACCCAGGGUUCAGCGCACCGCCUGGGCCCCUCCCCGUGGAGGCCCUGCCCAGGAGGCCCUGGCCGCGGAGGGGAGAGGACCAGGAAGGCACAGCGCCUCCCCCAGCCCUUGGGACCAGCUUCUCCUGUGGUCCCCUGGGCCCCGGUGUGGGGGCAGGGGCAGGGCCGGGCCGUGGUUGGAGGGUCUGUGGCCCCCCCCACUGUCCCGGGGGCAGUAGCUGGUCUAACUGCCCGGAGGCACCCGGCCCUGGGCCUUAGGCACCUCAAGGACUUUUCUGCUAUUUACUGCUCUUAUUGUUAAGGAUAAUAAUUAAGGAUCAUAUGAAUAAUUAAUGAAGAUGCUGAUGACUAUGAAUAAUAAAUAAUUAUCCAGAGGAGACUCCAGCGGUGCUGGGAGGGUGCAGCAUCAGCACAGCGUA